AUGGCGCCGCCUCACACCAAAGUGGCCAUCAUCGGCUCUGGCCCCGCCGCGCACACUGCCGCCAUCUACCUUUCUCGAGCCGAGCUCAAACCGGUCAUGUACGAGGGCAUGCUGGCCGGCGGCACGGCAGCGGGAGGCCAAUUAACCACCACAACCGACGUGGAGAACUACCCCGGCUUCUCAAAGGGCAUAGGCGGCUCAGAACUGAUGGAGGAGAUGAAAGCACAGUCCCUGCGUUUCGGCACCGAGAUCAUCACGGAGACCAUUGCAAGGGUCGACCUCAAAUCUCGGCCGUUCCGUCUGUGGAGAGAAUAUGACGACGCAGAGUCCGACGAACCCGCACAUACCGCCGAUGCGGUCAUCAUUGCUACGGGCGCCAACGCCAGGAGGUUAGAUCUCCCAGGAGAAGAAACAUACUGGCAGAACGGCAUUUCCGCAUGCGCCGUCUGCGACGGUGCGGUGCCCAUUUUCCGCAAUAAACCCCUCGUCGUCAUUGGCGGUGGGGACUCGGCCGCCGAAGAGGCCAUGUUCUUGACCAAGUACGGCUCACACGUCACCGUGCUGGUAAGGAAGGAUAAGCUGCGGGCGUCCAAGACCAUGGCGAAACGGUUACUCGCGAACCCCAAGGUGACGGUCAAGUUCAACCACGUCGCGACGGAAGUGCAAGGGGAGAACAAACCCCGCGGCCUGAUGACACAUCUGAAGGUCAAGAACGUCGUCACGAAUGAAGAAAAAGUGCUGGAAGCCAAUGGGCUGUUUUACGCCGUGGGCCACGACCCAGCGACUGCGCUGUUCAAGAACCAGGUCGAUACGGACGAGGAUGGAUAUAUCCUGACGAAGCCGGGGACCAGCUAUACCAGCAUACCCGGCGUCUUUGCCGCCGGCGAUGUGCAGGACAAGCGGUACCGGCAGGCCAUUACAAGUGCUGGAAGCGGGUGCAUAGCCGCACUCGAGGCCGAGAAGUACCUGGCAGAGUUGGAAGACGACGACGUCCCGGAUAUUGAGAAGGAGAACCAGGCCAAGAAGCCCGAAGUCAACGGCGACGCUGCGCCAGAGUACCGGUCGAAUCCGCUGUUAUGA